AUGGCCGCCCCCACGAAUCCCGCCUCUCUGUUGGCGUCGGCAGCUGUUCCGGCCUUCAAGUGCCCGAGUGGCACCAAAAUGCACAUUCUCAACCUCGGAACUCUCGAGGCAGACGAGUCAUGGAUUCUCCGUGGCGGAAAUACUAGCAGCUUGAGCAACCUCAACCCGGAGAAUAAACGACGGGAGUUGGUAGUGCUUUCAGCCCUCAUUGAGCAUCCCGACGCUGGCCUCAUUCUUUUUGAGACGGGAUGUGCGGAGGACCUCGAAGUGAAAUGGCCGGCGCCCUUGACUGACGUCUUUCCGCGCAUUGAGUAUUCGGAUACUCAAAAGCUUCCCAACGCCAUUAAAGCAACUGGAAACGACAUCAGAGACGUCAAGGCAGUAGUGAUUGGACAUCUACAUCUCGAUCAUGCAGGUGGCCUUGAACAUUUUAUCAACACCGAUGUGCCCAUCUAUGUUCACGAAGAAGAAUUCAAGCACGCCUGCUGGGCAGUCGCAACAGGUGCCGAUUUAGGCGUCUAUCUGGGACACUACAUGCUUUUGGAGAAGCUCAAUUGGAGUACGUUCACCGAGUCCCAGCUCGAGCUCUUCCAGGGUAUCACCCUUCAUCAUGCGCCCGGUCACACACCUGGGCUUUGCAUGAUGCAGGUCAACCUUGACAAGGAUGGUACCUUUAUCUGGACGACUGAUCAAUUCCAUGUCGCUGAAAACUACGAGCUGGGUCAUCCUCAUGGAGGACUAGCAAGAGACCAUAACGCAUGGUACCGUAGCCUCAACCUCACUCGGCGACUGCAGAGGCUUUAUAAUGCUAGGCUGAUAUUCGGUCACGACAAGCCAACGACCUUUAGCCUCCUCAAAGAGAAGAACUAUUUUGAGUGA